CGCCUCACCGGAGAAGAGGCCCGAUUCCAAAAGGAAGACGUGGACAGUGGCCACUACUAGCCCAAGGGAAAAGUCCAAAAAGUUUACGCCCCCUAGAUCUGAAAAAUUUCCACCCAAGAGGAAGAAAAGUUACCGCGCAGCGGCAGAGAGCAAACUAGGGGUCCAGGCGAACGCCGUCGAGGAUUUCCCCGAGUACGGCUACGGGACGCUGGAGAGCUACCAGACCGAGGCCCCCCGGCGCGGGUCGGGGCCAAACGAGCCGAGCCCCGCCGAGGACCAGUUCACCGAGGAGUAUCUGACUGGAGGGGACUACGAGUCCCGGAGGAGCCCCGAGGACCCGCUGUACGGGAACCAAGACCUAGACGGCAGGGACUCUGGGCCUCCUGUAGAUGGAGAUUUAGGCGCUUACGAUUUUUAUGAGUAUAAAGACUAUGAAGAUAAACAGACGGGCCCCACUAACGAAGACUUUGGUCCGGGCGUCCCGGCCGAGACCGAUGUCACGGAAACCAGCAUCAAUGGCCAUGGCGCCUACGGGGAGAAGGGACAGAAGGGAGAACCCGCGGUCGUUGAGCCUGGGAUGCUGAUUGAAGGACCCCCAGGGCCAGCCGGACCUGCGGGGCUUAUGGGCCCUCCAGGUCUACAAGGCCCCUCGGGACCCCCUGGUGACCCUGGAGAGAGGGGUCCCCCAGGACGCCCUGGCCUACCGGGGGCGGAUGGUCUCCCUGGUCCUCCUGGUACCAUGUUAAUGUUGCCGUUUCGGUAUGGAGGCGAUGGUUCCAAAGGACCCACCAUCUCCGCGCAGGAGGCUCAGGCCCAGGCUAUCCUUCAGCAGGCUCGGAUCGCGCUGAGGGGUCCCCCUGGCCCAAUGGGUCUGACCGGAAGACCAGGUCCUGUGGGGGGACCUGGUUCGUCAGGGGCCAAAGGUGAGAGCGGUGACCCAGGUCCUCAGGGUCCUCGAGGUGUCCAAGGUCCCCCUGGUCCAACGGGAAAACCCGGAAAAAGGGGUCGUCCAGGUGCUGACGGAGGAAGAGGAAUGCCCGGAGAGCCUGGGGCAAAGGGGGAUCGAGGAUUUGACGGACUUCCAGGUCUGCCAGGUGACAAAGGUCACAGGGGCGAACGGGGCCCCCAGGGUCCUCCCGGCUCUCCUGGUGAGGACGGAAUGAGGGGAGAAGACGGCGAGAUUGGACCCAGGGGCCUGCCAGGUGAAGCUGGCCCCCGAGGUUUGCUGGGACCCAGGGGCACCCCGGGACCCACCGGGCAGCCCGGCAUCGCAGGUAUAGACGGCCCCCAAGGACCAAAAGGCAACAUGGGUCCCCAAGGGGAGCCAGGACCUCCAGGUCAGCAAGGGAAUCCAGGGCCUCAGGGUCUUCCCGGCCCACAAGGUCCAAUCGGCCCUCCCGGUGAAAAAGGACCCCAAGGCAAACCGGGGCUCGCCGGCCUUCCUGGUGCUGAUGGGCCCCCUGGUCAUCCUGGAAAAGAAGGCCAGUCCGGAGACAAGGGCGCGCUGGGCCCGCCCGGUCCGCAGGGUCCCAUUGGCUACCCCGGUCCCAGAGGAGUGAAGGGAGCGGAUGGUGUCAGAGGCCUCAAGGGCUCUAAAGGGGAAAAGGGCGAAGAUGGUUUUCCAGGAUUCAAAGGUGACAUGGGCCUUAAAGGUGACAGGGGAGAAGUUGGCCCAAUAGGCCCGAGAGGAGAAGAUGGCCCUGAAGGCCCCAAAGGUCGAGCCGGUCCCACUGGGGACCCUGGUCCUUCUGGUCAAGCUGGAGAGAAGGGGAAACUCGGCGUUCCAGGACUGCCAGGGUACCCAGGACGGCAAGGCCCAAAGGGCUCCACUGGAUUUCCUGGGUUCCCAGGUGCCAACGGAGAGAAGGGCGCUCGGGGCGUCGCUGGCAAACCGGGCCCUCGGGGGCAGCGCGGCCCAACGGGUCCUCGUGGUUCCAGGGGCGCCAGAGGUCCCACCGGGAAGCCUGGCCCGAAGGGCACUUCGGGCGGUGACGGCCCUCCUGGCCCUCCCGGGGAGAGAGGCCCUCAAGGACCGCAGGGGCCAGUCGGAUUCCCCGGACCAAAAGGCCCUCCUGGACCACCGGGGAAGGAUGGCCUGCCGGGGCACCCGGGGCAGCGUGGAGAGACGGGAUUUCAAGGCAAGACGGGCCCUCCAGGGCCAGGGGGCGUUGUUGGACCACAGGGGCCCACUGGCGAGACUGGUCCCAUAGGUGAACGUGGACAUCCGGGCCCCCCCGGGCCUCCCGGUGAGCAGGGCCUUCCAGGCGCCGCAGGAAAGGAAGGUGCAAAGGGCGACCCAGGUCCUCAGGGUAUCUCAGGGAAAGACGGCCCAGCAGGACUACGGGGCUUCCCAGGUGAACGAGGUCUUCCCGGAGCUCAGGGCACCCCUGGACUGAAAGGAGGAGAAGGCCCCCAGGGCCCCCCAGGGCCAGCGGGCUCGCCAGGAGAGCGAGGAUCGGCAGGGACAGCCGGCCCCAUUGGGCUGCCGGGGCGCCCAGGACCCCAAGGCCCUCCCGGCCCGGCCGGAGAGAAGGGGGCUCCUGGGGAGAAGGGUCCCCAAGGCCCCGCCGGCAGAGACGGAGUGCAGGGCCCCGUGGGUCUCCCGGGGCCGGCUGGGCCCGCUGGCUCCCCCGGAGAAGACGGAGACAAGGGUGAAAUUGGUGAACCUGGACAAAAGGGCAGCAAGGGUGACAAAGGAGAAAAUGGUCCUCCUGGUCCCCCAGGUCUUCAGGGCCCGGUCGGUGCCCCUGGAAUUGCUGGAGGCGACGGUGAGCCAGGUCCCAGAGGCCAGCAGGGGAUGUUUGGACAGAAGGGGGAUGAGGGGGCAAGAGGCUUCCCAGGACCGCCGGGGCCCAUCGGCCUUCAGGGUCUGCCUGGCCCCCCUGGCGAAAAAGGUGAAAACGGAGAUGUUGGUCCCAUGGGUCCACCUGGCCCUCCGGGCCCGAGAGGUCCUCAAGGUCCCAACGGAGCUGAUGGACCACAAGGGCCUCCAGGAUCCAUUGGCUCAGUUGGCGGCGUUGGGGAAAAGGGCGAGCCUGGGGAAGCAGGAAACCCGGGGCCCCCUGGGGAAGCCGGCACAGGGGGACCCAAAGGGGAAAGAGGGGAGAAGGGAGAAGCGGGUCCCCCCGGCGCUGCCGGGCCUCCCGGCGCCAAGGGACCGCCCGGCGACGAUGGCCCCAAGGGCAACCCGGGUCCCGUUGGUUUUCCUGGAGACCCCGGUCCUCCCGGGGAACCUGGCCCUGCGGGUCAAGAUGGCGUUGGCGGCGACAAGGGUGAAGACGGAGACCCUGGUCAGCCGGGUCCUCCCGGCCCCUCUGGUGAGGCGGGUCCACCAGGUCCUCCUGGGAAAAGAGGACCCCCGGGAGCUGCAGGUGCGGAGGGACGGCAGGGUGAAAAAGGUGCCAAGGGAGAAGCAGGUGCUGAAGGGCCUGCGGGGAAAACUGGCCCAGUUGGUCCUCAGGGACCUGCUGGGAAGCCGGGUCCAGAGGGUCUUCGGGGCAUCCCCGGCCCUGUGGGAGAACAAGGUCUCCCCGGAGCUGCAGGCCAAGACGGGCCACCUGGUCCUCUGGGACCUCCUGGAUUACCUGGUCUCAAGGGUGACCCCGGCUCCAAGGGUGAGAAGGGGCACCCUGGUUUGAUUGGCCUGAUUGGGCCUCCAGGAGAGCAAGGUGAAAAGGGGGAUAGAGGCCUCCCUGGGACCCAAGGAUCUCCAGGAGCAAAGGGCGAUGGGGGAAUUCCAGGUCCUGCUGGUCCCAUAGGUCCACCUGGUCCUCCAGGGUUACCAGGCCCUCAAGGUCCGAAGGGUAACAAAGGCUCCACCGGACCUGCUGGCCAGAAGGGGGACAGCGGUCUUCCAGGGCCUCCGGGGCCUCCGGGUCCACCUGGCGAAGUCAUUCAGCCUCUACCCAUCCUGUCACCCAAAAAAACAAGACGACACACGGAGGGCAUGCAAGCCGACGCGGGGGAUACUAUUCCUGAUUACUCGGACGGCAUGGAGGAAAUAUUUGGUUCCCUCAAUUCCCUGAAACAGGACAUCGAGCACAUGAAGUUUCCAAUGGGGACUCAGACUAACCCAGCCCGGACGUGCAAAGACCUACAGCUCAGCCACCCUGACUUCCCAGAUGGUGAAUACUGGAUUGAUCCCAACCAGGGAUGCUCAGGAGAUUCCUUCAAGGUUUACUGUAACUUCACAUCUGGCGGGGAGACGUGCAUUUAUCCAGACAAGAAAUCGGAGGGAGUAAGAAUUUCAUCAUGGCCAAAGGAAAAGCCAGGAAGCUGGUUUAGUGAAUUUAAGAGAGGAAAACUGCUCUCCUAUCUCGACGUCGAAGGCAAUUCCAUUAACAUGGUGCAGAUGACCUUCCUGAAGCUGCUGACGGCAUCGGCUCGGCAGAAUUUCACCUACCACUGCCAUCAGUCCGCAGCCUGGUACGACGCGGCCUCGGGGAGUUACGGCAAAGCCCUUCGGUUCCUGGGGUCGAACGACGAGGAGAUGUCCCACGACAACAGCCCGUACAUCAAAGCGCUGCAUGACGGCUGUGCGUCCAGAAAAGGCUAUGAAAAGACUGUGAUUGAAAUCAAUACACCGAAAAUUGACCAAGUCCCUAUCGUUGAUGUAAUGAUUAAUGACUUUGGUGAUCAGAAUCAGAAGUUUGGAUUUGAAGUUGGUCCCGUUUGUUUUCUGGGCUAAGAUUAGGAAGAAUGACAGAUGAAAUCAACAGAAAGUAUACCUUGGUGCCACCCACCCAUUUGAUGCCACAUGCGAGUUUUGAGUAAGGAUGGCAUAGAAAACACCUCGUUACCUAUGUCUGUACCAGUUAGGAAGUACUGAUGCCCUCGGGGGGGCAGAAUCACAUGACGGAAGCUUUGAAAAUCAUUUAAAAAAUAAGAUAGUGUGGCUGAGAUGGAAACAAGCCUUAUUUCGAUUCCCAGUUUUCACUUCUCCUUUCCCUAUCUGGAUUUCUUUGGUGCUGUAGAAAAAAAAAAGAGAGAGAAAUAUAUAUUCAUAAAAGAUAUGGUGCUCAUUUCCAUCCAUGAAGGAUGUGCUAAAACAGUGUGUUUAAUAAAUUGUAAUUAUUUUAUGUACAGUCCUAUACUGUUAUCUGUGUCCAUUUCCAAAACUUGCACGUGUCUUCAAAUUCCGUCUGACUCGAAUUUUACGACAAUCGCAGAACUAUGAUGGCAAUAAAUAUAUGUAUUAUGAAAAAAAUAAAGUUGCAAUUUCUGACGGCUCUAACUCCAUUUCUUUGAUUGAUAAUAAAAUGCCUUUGUAUAUAUCGACGUUGAAGGGUUCAGUUAUUCGAUGCCGCCCACAAAUUUCUCAGAGGUGCAGAAACCUGGAAGACUUUUCGGAAGCACACUCCGAUCGACUCCUCUCCACUGACAGUAACUUUGAUGAAUUUCGGCCAAAUAUGUGCAUUUUGAUACCUUUUGAGUGCUAUACCUCAACUUUUCUCUUUCCAGAGUCCAGGAUGUCACAGGUUACUUGUAUAUAUGGAAAAUGAGCACGUUUAUAUUUUUUGGACAGGAAAAUAUGUACGAGAAGCUGUUUUAAAAACACAGAUGCCUCCACCAAUCAGAUGUACAAUUUUGUUACUACCUUAUCGCACCUCUUGUUUGCAGUGUGCUUCGAUCAUGCAGGUUUAAUAUUAAAAGUGGGAAGCUAAGCAAUUAUUUAUGAAUAUGUUUGAUGUUAUACUUUUUAAACAACCAACUUCUUGAAUUGGAUUCUGAGUUGCAUAUUUUAAUAGUCUCCAAAAAUUAUUUUACCUGCACCUACCUGCCCAACAAAUAUUUCUUUCCUUUCAAGAUAAUAGCAUUCAUUAUUGGACCUAGCUAAUCCGUAAAUAACAUAUGAUGGACUGUUACUGAUGGUGCUUGUUUUAAAAGUCAUACUUAUUAAAAUCAGUCAAAACAUUUUUCCCCCCACUAAGGCAUUUUCUUUCAGGCAGCUUGAAAUAGCAGUAAAAUUUAAAAAUUACAAAUUGAACUCUGUAUCUAUUUUAAGUAAUAUAUGUAAGACUUGAAAAUAAAUGUUUUAUUAUUUCUUAUAUGAAGUGUUAAAUUAAUUGAUGCCAGAUUUCACUGGACCAUUUUCAACUGAUAAUUUAUCACGAAAGAGCCUGCCUGUAUUGUUGACUUUAAAACGUGGACGUGUGUCAUUCAGAAGUUCUUAUAUUUUUUGAAAUUAAGUUUGUAAAUGUCCUUUCAAGAAGGGAGAUAUGAAUCGUAUAAAUAAACUCAACUCUUGUCUA